CUGAAAUCAGGAACAUAACGGUGCAUGAUAACUGUGUGGAAACAUUUCACAUACACAGCCAGUGGUGGGAGGUAAAAAGCUGACCUUAGUUCACCUUUUUGUCAAGAACUUUGACAAAACAGUAAUCUAAAAGGAGACAAAUUGCAUGGUGACAGAUUUUGCUAAGGCAGCUGCAGUAAACUCUGACACAUGCUCUCUAUCUUUCACUACAAUUUGGCUGCUAUGUUGUAGAGACCAACUACAUGCGGAUUUCUUGACUGUUUCCAUAUUACAGGCAAAACAAAACAAAACAUGUUUUAAACUUUUAAAAAUUAAUAUAAAAGUGAAUGGAAAUAAAAGUCACAAACUACAAACUGUAAAGUAGCAUAAGCACAGGUCAUUUGCCAGCUUAGGGCAGUAGUAGGCUGGUGUCAAGUAUUAACAGCAUUAACAGGCUUGUGUAUAAAGGCACAGAAAGCUAGAAAGGGUUAUGACUUUAUUAUACAAUCAUAUACCUCAGUAAUGUAGGAGCUGUUGCAUACAGCUGUUUUAAAUCAUCUAGUGGCAUGUAAAUAAAAUAAAGACAUGCUAACUUACAGAUAGUAGAUUGUUUUAUCCUCCAUGAUUUUUUCCCUUGUUAUAAAGACUAAUAUUUGAAAUUAAUACUUUACUAUUAUAAAACAAACAAAGAACUGGCUUUUGAAGACAUGCCUGAUGAAUGAGAGAUGUUUUCAGGAUAAAGCACGCAGUGCUGCUCGUACGCCUGUGUGUGUGUUUGGGGAUGUCAUUCCGUGCGUCACUGCCUUGCGAGGCCACAAAGCUGAUUUCAGAGCUGAAAAAUUCAAUACACUAUGUUCAGCGUGUAUCACACGGUGUCACUGUUGACCACUAGAGCACACUACCUCUGCUUCUCUGAAAUCAUGACACACCCAUUUGUAAAGGCAAAGGACACUGCUUUCUUAAAUGGGCGCUUAUGAUUAUUUACACACAGAACCUUAAUUCAUUCAUCUCUAUUGUUUUUCUGGAUUUUUUUUUUGCAAAGAUAUUCUGUGAAAUCUUAAGAAUCACAGACAUAAAACGGCUUUUAGGAUCUGGCUUAUUUUUUUCCUGCAAAGGAAAGGAUGAGAUUUUGCAUUGCCGUCUUUGUCUUGUGUGCAACAUGGCCACCCGCUUUGUCGGUGACACGGUACUCCAUACCCGAGGAGAAGGAAAGGGGAUCUGUUGUGGCUAAUCUGGCUGCAGAUCUGGGACUUGAGCCUGGAGGUUUGGCGCAACGAGAGGUAAAACUUGAUAUUUUUUCCAACAAAAAAUACCUGGAUUUUAACAAAAAGACGGGCGAACUGUACAUCGUAGAAAAAAUGGACAGGGAAUAUCUUUGUCCGGCGAAACCCGCGUCCUGCUUUUUAAAGCUCGAUGUGAUCAUAGAAAGCCCCUUACGUAUCUUCAACAUCGAGCUUGGAAUAACGGACAUAAACGAUAACGCUCCACAUUUCCGACGGGACAGAGUAGAACUCGACGUUUCAGAAUCUGCAACGCCGGGCGAAAGGUUCUCCCUCCCCAACGGCGUGGAUCCAGAUGUCGGUAUAAAUACAAUUAAAACGUACAAACUCAGUGUUAGUGAACACUUCACAAUCGAAAUUCAGACAGGUAGCGACGGAACUCAGUAUGUAGACUUGGUGUUGACCAAAUCGUUGGAUAGAGAACAGACUGCUGUUCAUAAUUUAAUACUGACUGCAGUGGAUGGCGGUGUCCCGGUGCGCUCUGGCACUGCUAAUAUUAUUGUAAGAGUACAGGACACAAACGAUAAUCCCCCACGGUUUGAUAAGCAGACUUAUACAAUUAACAUGACGGAAAACACCCCAAUAGGGACCUUAGUGAUGAAGCUCAACGCCUCGGACCUUGACGAGGGUUUGAAUUCAGAGAUUGUGUACUCAUUCACACUUUACACGUCGGAGAAAACACAAGAGGUAUUUUCACUGAAUCAUAACACUGGAGAGAUAACUGUGAAAGGAACUAUAGACUAUGAAGAUAUGAAAUUCUAUGAGAUGCACAUCGAGGCCAGAGAUAAAGGCACGCAUCCUUUGCUUGGUCAGUGCAAAGUGGUCGUUAAUGUGAAGGACAUGAAUGAUAAUUAUCCGGAAAUCAUCAUACAGUCUGUUAAAAACACAGUGGAGGAGAACGUAGCAGUAGGAAGUGUUAUUGCACUUGUAGACAUAAGUGAUAGAGACACGGGAGAUAACGGAAAAGUAAGCUUAAGUAUACAUCGACCCAUGCCCUUUACAAUUAAUACAUCUUCAGAUCGACCGAUGCAUUACAAGCUCAUUGUGUCCGAGCCUUUAGAUCGCGAAACAGUACCUGAAUAUGACAUUACUCUAAUUGUAACAGACGCAGGGACGCCACCUUUAUCUGAUAAUGAAACAAUAACUGUCCAUCUGCUCGAUGUUAAUGACAACGCGCCACAGUUCCCCCAGUCAUUUUAUACUAUACGUGUCAUGGAGAAUAACGCACCUGGGGCCUUGCUCAGCUCACUCACUGCCUUUGACCCAGACCUCCAUGAAAACCAGUAUCUAGUUUAUUUCAUAAUAGAGAAGGAGAUAGCCAACACCUCCAUGUCUAUGCUGUUCUCCAUCAAUCCAGAGAACGGUAAUCUUUACGCGCUCAAAACCUUUGAUUAUGAGAUCGAGAAGGAGUUUCUGUUCCACAUCGAGGCCAGAGACUCUGGCUCUCCUCCUCUCAGCAGUAACGUGACCGUCCACAUCAUUAUUGUGGACCAGAACGACAAUGCUCCAGUUAUUGUGUCUCCUUGGCGUGCACAGGGCUCUGUGGUGGAGGAAAAGAUCCCCAGAUCCACUGAUAAAGGAUCCCUGGUUGCCAAGGUGAUAGCCUUAGAUAUAGACUCAGUGCACAACUCUCGGAUCACCUACCAGUUUCUACAAGUGACUGACGCCACCUUGUUCAGUCUGGACCAAUACAAUGGAGAGAUCCGGACUAUGAGGAUGUUCAGUUACAGAGAUCCACGCCACCAGAGACUGGUUGUUGUAGCCAAGGACAAUGGAGAGCCUGCUCUCUCUGCUACAGUCACCAUCAAGCUGACCACAAUGGAGACUGCUGUUAAAGCCUACUCUGACAUGACUGAGGAGCCUCUGGAAUAUGACAUCUUCUCAGACAUCAACCUGUAUUUGGUCAUCGGUCUGGGCUCGGUGUCAUUUCUGCUGCUCAUCACCAUAUUGGUCACCAUCGUGAUCAAGUGUCAGAAACCCAAGCCCAGCAAAGCAGCUCCUCCCUCCAGGAACAGUGUGAUCAGUGAGAGGAACUCCACCAUCGCAGACUCCACUCUGGUCUCCAACGAUGCCUACUGGUACAGUCUGUUUCUAGCAGAGACCAGGAAAGGAAAGCUGGUGGUUAGACAGCCUCUGCCAAAGGGCUCCAGGUACAUUGUGUCCAGCAUACCGAGAGGGACAGGGCUGACAGACACUAGUGACUCAGCAGCUUCUACUCUGCAGGUGAGAGUUCAGCGUCGAUACUUGUAUUUAUGUUGA